AUCCAUCCCCCCCCCCAUCCCUUCUUCCUCUCCCCAUUGGAGGGGCGCGCGCGGAGCCAGAGCAGGGCGGGAGCGAACCCUAAACUGCGCGUUGGGCCGGGCCUGCAAUGCGAAUGGCCUCGGCGGGGGUGGCGCGGUGAGCGGAUCUGCCGGGCGAUGGGGAAGGCGGCGGGGGACCCGCCGGACUCGGCUGGAGGCGGAGGACGAGGAGGAGGCGGCGGCGGGGAGGUAGCGCCUGGGGAGGAGGGGCGCGGGCGGCGCCGGUGGUGGCGCUGCGCGGCCGCGGUUCUGCUCGGCGCCGCCGCCGUCCUGUCGGCGCUGUUCUGGCUGCCGCCGUUCGCAGCGCGGCGGCGGAGGGACGAGGAGGCGCGCGCGGACCCCUGGCGCGGAGCUGACGUGGUUGCAAGCUUCAGGCUGCAAAGAAUGAUUUCUGAGCUUAGUGGAAACAAAUCAAAACUUGAGUAUGAUAUUUUUGAAGAGAUUGGCAUCAACAAUUCUGUGGUAUCUGUACUUUCCUUGGAUCCAACUGGUGAAUCAAACUGGACUACUGUGACAUUUGGUGUUUGGCCCUAUCCUAGUAAUUUCACCUUAUCACCAACAGAGUUAAGCAUAAUGCGGUCAUCUUUGGUGUCCUUGGUUAUACGGCAGUCUAUUCUUUAUUUGACACCAUCUCUAUUUGGGAAUUCUUCUUCUUUUGAGAUCUUGAGGUUUCCUGGUGGCAUAACGAUUAUACCUCCGCAAACUGCUUUUGUUCCUCAGAAGCCUGAUGGAUUAUUUAAUUUCUCAUUGAACUUUCCCAUUGAUGUGGUACAAGACAAACUGAGUGAAUUGAAGGCCCAGAUGAAAUCUGGGUUAUUUCUUAAUGAACAUGAGAUCCUAUAUGUUACAUUGACAAAUCUGUAUGGUUCAACUGUUGCACCUCCUACCAUUGUUCAAGCAUCUGUUCUCCUUGCUGUAGGAGCAGAUAACAAACCACCAUCCUUGCAAAGAUUAAAACAAUUAGCCCAAACAUUAAGAAAUUCUUCUUCUGGAAACUUGGGUUUAAACCACUCUGUGUUUGGACGAGUUAAGCAGAUUAGUCUGUCAUCCUACCUUCAGCAUUCGCUGAACAACUCAGGCAAUGCUCAUUCGCCAAGUCCAGCUCCUCAAACUUAUAAUCAACCUCCCCCAAUCCACCAGGAUCACAAUCACGAUGACCACCAUCACCAUCACCACCACAUCCACCACCACCACCACCACCACCACCACGACGAUAAUAGUCAUCAGAGUUUACAACAUCUUCCCCCUGCUCCUGCUCCUCUUCACAGUGCACCUACUUUUCUGACCUGUGGUUCUACAUGUACACGGAAGAAAGAACAUAGCACUGCUAAGCACCAUUCAUCUCCCAUCAGGGGUCCUGUAUUACGCCAUAUCGUGCCUGCAGCUUCUCCAGAUAGUAGUUAUGAAGCUUCAGGCCCAUAUGUAGAUCCACCAUCAUUUCAUCCAGGGAUUUCAUCAUCUUCACUUCCUGGUGUUGUUUUUCCUGCAAUGCCACCCAGUAUGAGAACCUUGAAGCCUCCCAACAAAUUCUCUUCGAUAUCACCUUCAGCGUCUAUCUCAUUUGCGCCCAGGUUAUCUUCACAUUGGUGGGUUAUUGCAUCACUUCUAUACACCCUAUUGUAGAGAUGGAAUAUUUCUCAACCAGGCGUUGAAGUUCAUGCGGCAACAGCUUGGAUCUCCAUUUUCCAAAUGAUCCUCAGCAUCAAAAACCCUGGAUGGCUGUCUUUGGUGGAUGUAAAUAUGUGUAUAAUGCAGCAGAGGGGUGUAUUUGUGGUCAAAGCCGUAAUGAUGGCGGGCCCUUAGUUGUAUUACAUCCCUUUUGUUGCUUUGUACAAUCAUGCGCAGAUCAAAUAAAGAUUUUGCAUUUUUGUAGAGAAAUAUUGUGCCGGACUGAGGUCUUCAAUAUUUAAAACACAGAGUCUCAUGUUAUUGAUCCAGUUUUGCUGUGUUAUGUGUUAAAAAAUUAUAAAUACUAGUUUGACAGGUGAUGGCUUUUUUCCCUUUUUUUUUGAAAUUCAAGAAGCAGCAAUAGUCUGAAAA